AAGAGAUGAGGUAAAAACUGAAAUACAAUCUGGCUAAAUCGCCCCUCCUCAACUUCACUCACGUGUGUGUGCACACCCACAAACACACAGAGGAGCUGGCUCGCUCACACACACACACACGCAUCCUGUCGUCUCCUGUUUGGCUCGUCGCUGCUACCUGGAGGGGAAGCAUCAUUUCAUGUGAGAGCUGACAUGACCUUAAGGCAGGUUUAAAGGGAUUUUUAGUGCAAACAUUCUACCUGUUUCGCUCACAUGGAGCCAGUGUUUCGGUCUGUGUGCUGGAGUGGAUGACGCCUGUUGAUCGGCCCAUAGAUGCAGCACUGGUGCAGGGUAAGAGGAAGAGGGACUCGUAUGUCAGAGUUUUAGGAUGGCCAGUGAAGGCUCCACUAUUCCCAGCCCUGUGGUCCGCCAGAUUGACAAGCAGUUCUUGAUCUGCAGCAUAUGUCUGGACCGCUACGAAAACCCCAAAGUACUGCCCUGCCUACACACCUUCUGUGAGAGGUGCCUGCAGAAUUACAUCCCUGCCCACAGCCUCACACUGUCGUGCCCCGUGUGCCGCCAGACCUCGAUCCUGCCGGAGAAGGGUGUGGCGGCAUUGCAGAAUAACUUCUUCAUCACCAACCUGAUGGACGUGCUGCAGCGGGCACCGGACAGCUGCAGCCAGGAGGCCGCCGCUCUCAACAACAUCACCACCGUGGCUACAGGCCAACUCCUCUCCUGCCCCAACCAUGGAGGCAACGUCAUGGAGUUUUACUGUCCGCCUUGUGAGACAGCCAUGUGUCAGGAGUGCACAAGUGGAGAACACGGAGAACACCCGACUGUGCCUCUUAAAGACGUAGUGGAACAACACAAGGCCUCAUUGCAGGACCAGUUAGAUGCUGUCAAGAAGAGGUUGCCAGAGAUCGACUCAGCCCUGCAGACGCUGUCGGAGAUCCUGCAGCAGCUGACCAAUCAAAAGAGCUCCAUUGAGGAUGACAUCCAUACUACCUUUGACGAGUUGCAGAAGACUCUGAAUGUCCGCAAGAGCGUUUUACUCAUGGAGCUGGAGGUCAACUACGGCCUCAAGCAGAAGGUGCUCCAAGCCCAGCUGGACACCCUGCUACAGGGCCAGGAGGGCAUCAACAGCAGCUGUAACUUCACAGAGCAGGCCCUGAGCCACGGCACCGAGGCCGAGGUGCUGCUGGUAAAGAAACAGAUGAGCGAGCGUCUCAUUGAGCUCGCCAGCCAGGAGCUUCCUCUGCAGCCCGGAGAGAACGACCAGCUGGACUUCCUCGUGGAGACAGACGGACUAAAGAAGUCCAUCCACAACCUGGGCACUAUUGUGACUACUAACGCGGUGGCCUCUGAGACUGUGGCUACAGGUGAGGGGCUACGGCAUUGUGUGGUGGGUGUGCCCACUUCUAUCACCAUAACCACUAAGGACAAAGACAGAGAGCUGUGCAAAAUGGGUAACGCAGUCAUCAAGGCUGAACUCUCCUCACCUGAUGGCAGCAAAGGUGUAGGAGAGAUACUGGACAACAAGAAUGGCACCUAUGAGUACCUGUUCACAGCUCCUAAAGAGGGGACUUUUAAUUUAUCGUUGCGUUUAUAUGACCAACACAUCAAAGGAAGCCCCUUUAAGAUAAAGGCCACCAAGUCUAUAGAUGUGUCGCCAACUUCAGACGGCAUGAAGAAGAGGCUGAAGUCUCCAGGCAGCGGUCACAUCAAGCAGAAGGCCAUCAAGAGGCCGGCCAGCAUGUACAGCACAGGGAGGAGGAAAGAGAACCCCAUCGAGGACGACCUCAUCUUCAGAAUCGGCACAAAAGGAAGAAACAAAGGGGAGUUCACCAAUCUGCAGGGAGUGGCUGCCUCCUCUUUGGGAAAGGUGCUGAUAGCAGACAGCAACAACCAGUGUGUCCAGAUAUUCUCAAAUGAUGGUCAGUUCAAAAGCCGUUUCGGUGUCCGGGGCAGGACUCCGGGUCAGCUGCAGCGGCCAACGGGUGUGGCCGUCCACCCGAACGGUGACAUCAUCAUUGCCGACUAUGACAACAAAUGGGUCAGCAUCUUUUCAAGUGAAGGCAAGUUUAAGAACAAGAUCGGCUCCGGGAAGCUGAUGGGCCCUAAAGGCGUGUCCGUGGACAGAAACGGCCACAUCAUCGUGGUCGACAAUAAGUCCUGCUGCGUCUUCAUCUUUCAGCUCAAUGGCAAGCUGGUCACCAAGUUCGGUAACCGUGGCAACGGUGACAGGCAGUUUGCAGGUACACUCAAUGGCCCUCACUUUGCUGCUGUCAACAACAACAAUGAAAUCAUAGUGACAGAUUUCCACAACCACUCAGUCAAGGUGUUCAACACAGAGGGAGAAUUCUUGCUGAAGUUUGGCUCUAACGGCGAAGGCAACGGCCAGUUCAACGCCCCCACAGGAGUGGCAGUGGAUGUCAAUGGAAACAUCAUAGUGGCAGACUGGGGCAACAGUAGGAUACAGGUGUUUGAUGGCAGCGGUUCGUUCCUGUCCUACAUCAACACAUCUGCAGACCCGCUGUAUGGCCCACAGGGACUGGCUCUCACCUCUGACGGACAUGUUGUGGUUGCAGAUUCCGGCAACCACUGCUUCAAAAUCUACCGCUACCUGCAGUAGUAGCAGCUCUUCUCUCUCAGCGCACAAACUGUACAGUGUAUAUAUAUAUAUAUACUCACAUGCACUCAUUAGUAUGGAGUGACUGCACUUCAUCCGCUCACCUAUUCAUCCUUCGUGCUAUCGUCGUGCCAUCUGUUUGACUGUUCUCCACCCGUGUGUCUGUGGCAUCACUUCUGACAUUGAAGAAACAACAGACGUGAAUAUUUGUGGUUUGAAUGAAGUGUGAGGAUAUAUGAUAUUCACAGACGGCUGCUGCUGAUUGGUUCUUUGAGGAGUCACACAUAACCUUGUUAACGUUCCAUCUUAACUAUGCUGAUUUCAAAAAUAAAACUUUAGUAUUGUAUAUAUGUUAGACCUUUUGAUUGGUUGUGAUAUGGCAGGAAAACUGGAAAAUAAUGCCAUUGCACUUGUUCUUAAAAAUACUGGUUGGACACUGUGUUAAGUGAAGCUGUACCUUAGUCACCUGAAACAUAAUGGGUAUUCUAUUUAUAGUUCCAGUCACUGCAACUUCCUGUUAAAUGCUCUUAGGAGUCUUCACAUUUUGCCUGUUCACUAUAAAAGAAAAAUCUUCCACCUACUGUAGGUAGCAGGGUAUUUUAGAGCAUGAUUAAGCAUCUCUGUGCAUGCUGUUUUUACUGAGAACCACCAGAAAAGCUACUGUGCACUAUAUAGAAAUCUAUUUCAGGCUGAUACUUAACUACAUCAACAGAACUUUAAACUGAAGCACUAUUUCACUAAUACUUCUACCUGUAUGUGAAAAUGACUAGUUAAUGUUAUAUGUCAACACACACACACGUGGUUAUUGAAGUAUGCUGAUAACUUCAUUUAAUUGGUUUUACAGAAAACAGAGUGUUUGUGUGUGCAAGGUGAGUGUGAUUACGUGAGUGUGUUGUGAUCAAUUAAGGUACCAAACAAAAGCCACUUGAUAUGUCGACUUACAAUCUGCCGUGUGUUCGUGCACGCAUGUGUGUUGUGUCUGAAGCCUCUUGACAUUCUGACUUACAAUCUGCUGUGAUUACGUGCAAACCUCUUUGUUGCAGAAUUGGAGUAAAUAUGAAAAUGCCGAAAAUAAACUCGGUAGGGUGCAUCAGCCCUCGCUGAAGGGGUUCGUUCAUCAACGACAGCAUCAGACACACCUGCAGAACUGUGAUCACCUUCACUCCUUUCCAUGUGCUCUUAUGUCUUUCAAAAAAUAGAACUGGUAGAGCUACUAACAAGUUGUAUUUUAUUUAGUAAAAACAAUUUGCCUAUCCUCUGAAAAAGAUGAAAAAUGUAGUUCAACAGUUGAGGGGUAUGUUGUAAAAAUGCACUGUGCUCCUAUUAGAAAGCCUUAGUCGAAAUCUGUUUGUCUUCAAGCACAGUUUUCAUUAACUUGUCCUGAAUUUGGUCAUCCAUUUUCUACACAAUCCUGUUAAAUUAUUUGUUUUCCAUUGUCUUGUUUAUAUUUGUAAUGCCAAAUGGAAUUAAAGUGCCCAUAGUAAAGAA